CUUUUUCUCAUGUCAAUGCACAGAUGGUCUACUUUCAGGCAUGAAAUUUCCAAUGCUUGAAUUGUUUAAAUCCAAGAUGGCGGAACGCUAUGACUGCCACUUCUGCAAGGAGUCUUUGUUUGGGAAGAAGUAUGUUCUGCGUGAUGAAAACCCAUACUGUGUGAAGUGUUAUGAGAGCCUCUACUCCAACACCUGUGAAGAGUGCAAGAAUCCCAUUGGCUGCAACAGCAGAGAUCUUUCUUACAAGGACCGUCACUGGCAUGAUGGCUGCUUCCACUGCUUCAAAUGUCACCGUUCAUUGGCGGACAAGCCAUUCUCCACCAAAGAUGAGCAGCUACUGUGUACUGAGUGUUAUUCCAAUGAGUAUUCCUCUAAAUGUUUUGAGUGCAAGAAGACAAUCAUGCCAGGCUCCAGGAAGAUGGAGCACAAGGGGAACAGCUGGCAUGAGACCUGCUUUACCUGUCAGCGCUGUCAGCAGCCUAUUGGAACCAAGAGCUUCAUUCCUAAGGACAAUAAUAACUACUGCGUGCCCUGCUAUGAGAAUCAGUUUGCACUGCAGUGUGUACACUGCAAGAAGCAAAUCACCACUGGGGGCUUGACCUACCAUGACCAGCCAUGGCAUAAGGACUGCUUCUUGUGUACUGGCUGUAAGGAGCAGCUGUCUGGCAAGCACUUUACCUCUCGUGAUGACUUUCCCUAUUGCCUCAACUGCUACUGCAAUUUGUAUGCCAAGAAGUGUGCUGAAUGCACCACCCCUAUUAGUGUUCUGGGAGGCACCAAAUACAUCUCCUUUGAAGAGAGACAGUGGCACAAUGACUGCUUCAACUGCAAGAAGUGUUUGGUGUCCCUGGUGGGCCGCGGCUUCCUGACAGAGAGAGAUGACAUCCUGUGUCCUGACUGUGGCAAAGACAUCUGAUCAGACAGCAUAGCACUGCAAUUCCUAACAUUUUACUAUUAUAUUAAAUAACAUUUAUUCUUACAGUUAAAUAUCAAUCAAAGUUUAAUAUAUUUGUCUAAUGAAAGUUUUCUUUAUAUAAUGAACUUUAAAGGGGCCUGUGCAUGCCAAGGCCUAUUAUUAUAAUAUUGUGUCAUGUUUUUGUGGCCAGGGUUUA